UGAAGGCAGGAUUUCCGGUGUUGAAACACCGGAAAAGCUGCAUUCAGUUUGAUUUCUUUUAGGCUUCUCGUUGAACAUUUUUGCAUUUUAGUGCUUUUUAUUUUUCGGUGCAGAAUUGUAAAGAAAUCAAAAUGCUAUCUUUAGACUUCCUCGAUGACGUUCGCCGGAUGAAUAAGCGCCAGCUCUACUACCAAGUAUUGAACUUUGGCAUGAUAGUGUCAUCGGCCUUGAUGAUUUGGAAAGGUUUAAUGGUUGUGACCGGAAGUGAGAGUCCAAUUGUUGUCGUUCUGAGUGGGAGCAUGGAGCCAGCUUUCCACCGAGGAGACCUUCUUUUCCUGACCAAUAGAGUGGAAGAUCCCAUCAGAGUUGGAGAGAUUGUGGUCUUCAGGAUAGAGGGAAGAGAAAUCCCGAUUGUGCACAGAGUCCUUAAAGUUCAUGAGAAAGAAAAUGGAGACAUUAAGUUCUUAACCAAAGGUGAUAAUAAUGCAGUGGAUGACCGGGGGCUGUACAAGCAGGGACAACAUUGGCUGGAGAAGAAGGAUGUAGUGGGCAGGGCCAGAGGGUUUGUGCCGUACAUUGGAAUUGUGACCAUCCUUAUGAAUGAUUACCCAAAAUUUAAGUAUGCUGUUCUGUUCAUGUUGGGUCUCUUUGUGUUGGUCCAUCGAGAAUGACGGCUCUCCUGCCACCGGAUUUAUUGCUGAUGCUUUGCUGUUUCAUCGACUCCAUUACCCGCCAAUCCUGCUCUGCUGUCUAUGGAUGGGGAGGGAAUCAUUUACAAAGCUCCAUUUUCUUUCUGUGCUUAUUUCCAGGCAGUGAUGUGUGUCAUGAAAGCCCAGCUGACAAAUGUAUUUCUCAUGAGGAGAUAGGACUUCUGAUACAAUAAAUAAUGCAUUCUUUAAUCACGAAUCUACUGCUUAUGUAGACAUUGUCAAUCUCGCUUUUUUGCUUUAUUAUUAUUUUUUUAACUGUGGAUAGGCAGCCAGGCAGUCAGGUAAUGCCUUUUCAUGCCUUAAAAUGUGAUGUUUGUGUGUGCAAAAAAAUGUGUACUUCAGAAGUCAAAGCUGCUGGAAGAAUGUUCCAGACAGCACAGGUGUUUACAGUCUGCUGCCUACAUCCACCUGGGAAGGGUUUGUUUAUUGUGCUGUGAAUUGUGGUAAAUUCUCACAUGUUCUGUGUUGCUUGGAAACUCCAUUUUCUUAAGGGGGGGUAUUUCUUUUUACACAAAAAAGAGAUGGCUUGUGCAAAAGGAUAUUAAAUGUAUUUAGCAGCCUUACUGUUUUUUAAGAACACAAUUUUAUUGGAAUAAUAUUACAUGUCACUUGAGGUAAAUUAUUAUUACUCAUAAACAGAGAAUUGACCACAGUUGUGUUUUUUUAAAUUAUGUUAAAAUUGUAUUGUGAAGGUCACCCUAUUCAAGAGUGGCAUUAAUAAACAUGUGGAAAGCGUCUGGA